UUCAAUUUGGACAGAAACAGACAAGAAUGGCAUCAAACAAUCUUUGUGUGGUUUAUACUGGUGAUCCAAAUUCUAGCAAGGAAAAUAAUAAACUCAGGAAACUGACAGUUGAAAAGAUGAGGAGAGACCGUAUUAACAACAGUAUUGAACAACUGAAGCAAUUAUUGGAAAAGAAUUUCAAGAAACAGCAGCUCAAUUCCAAACUAGAGAAAGCUGACAUUCUAGAAAUGACUGUGAACUUCCUGAGACAGCACCGGCAAGGUCGGAGUAAAAGAUCCUUGCAUAACAGCUCCAACCAGGAUUUCAGAGAAGGCUAUUCCAGAUGUUUACAAGAGACAAUUGCUUUUGUCUCCUUCCUCAAACCCAGCACAGAAGCAAAAAAUCAAGUGCUGAAUCACUUCCAGCAAGGUCAGGAAGCAGAUGUACCUGUGCCUUCCCUGUCGUCUCCUUUGAAUCAACAUCACCUGACACAGGACUCAGUAUCUCCACCACAAACUAUUUCAUAUCAGGGUCACUUGAACCAAGACCCUGCAUCUAUUCCACCAUCUACUUCAGGUCAGCAUCUGUAUGAGCAGGAAACUCUGGCCAGUAUCAAAGCAUUAUGGAGACCCUGGUAAAGAUGGGACCAAUGUCCUUAAGCACUUCAGUUCUGAAAUCAGAAGAAAAUAUGUCUCCAUGAGAUUCUGUACCUCCCUUUCAUGUUAGAAACAUGAAUUUCCCUGAAGGCUUUCAUUUCUAAAGUGACUGCAGUGCUUUGUAAUUGUUUCCUUCAUAUUGAAGGCUGUCAGUUAAGGACUGAGUGGUUACUUGCAUUGUUGUGAGAUAAUGUUAGUAUUAUAAAGUGUAAAAAUGUGUCCUUCCUAUUGAAGGAAUUCAGUAUUACGUUAUCAUAAUUAUGCUUUAAGUAUAAGAUAUUUAGAGAUAAACAAACUGAUUAUAUCAGUAUGUAAUGAAUGUAGGAGUAAUACUCCAGCCUAAUUUUAUGAAUCAUACAGUUUCUGUUGUAUCUGUUGUAUCUUCUUCAUAUCAAAUGGAGAAUAAUCCCUACAUUAUAUUUUAAAAAAAUAUUAAUGAUACACCUUGUUACAGCAGUAUAUUUUUCCAAAUUGAACUUAAAAAAAAUAUCUCCAAACUAGCUUUCUCCUUCAUGUUGAAGGCCCUUCUGGUAUAUUAUAUACUGUAACAAACAGUGCAAAACCUAUGCAGUGUGUAUGUUCAUAACAAAAGACUUGUGAAUUGAAUGCUUUGACUAUAUUGGAAGAAUUAUGUGCACUAAACCACACUGUUUAAAAAUUAAAUCAUUGUAUUUCUCAGAAAUAUACAGAAGGGUAACAAAUAUUUAAUAUUUUGAAUUAUGGGUUCUUAUCAAAUGUUGCAAUGUAUUGCUUAUAUCUUUGUUAAAAGUGCAAACACACAUGCAUGUAUUUUGCAUGGGUUACUCUUUAUUACUAUAUACAUGUAAUACCAGCAGUACAAGUCACUGAAAUAAAUUUAUGCUAAACUUACAUUCUUUGUCAGAAUGAGAAGUUAUCUAUAAUUGUGUAACCUUUAAAUAUGCUAUUUGAAAAUACAAAUGCUGUUUAAUGGGAAGUUAAGCGCUGUGAAUACAAAAUACACUUUCUUUCUUAAACCGAAACUCACCCAAAGAAAUGAGCAUGGAGUUACUGGAUUACACAGUGAAGUGUAAUUAAAACGAUGUUAGUUUAAUUUCAUGCAGCAUGUCUGAUGUUUUAAAUCAUUACUUUGUUGUGUGUUUACUUUUUUUUACAUUAUGCCAUAUUUUUCAAUAA